AUGCCUGACGAAGCUCCUGUCGUCUCCCACGGCCGUGGUGGCCAGGGAAAUAUCGGUCAAGAUCCUAACCAGUAUGCGACCCAUCCUGCUCCUUUCCAGUCCUAUUCUGUUCAGUCCCGAUCGCAAUCGAAUUCCAUCGCGGCCGCUUGCAUUACCCCGCUACUCCGCAAUAACCACCAUCUCAGACUGCGGUGGCUAACAGUGUUGACUAGGUACAUCGAUGGCGAAAUCGUUCGUGAAGGUGUUUACGGCGAUCAAGGUGAUGGCGCGUACUCUGCCGGUCGCGGCGGGGCAGGGAACAUCGGCUCCCCACGGGUCCGCCCAACCUCCAAAGUCCCGCAUGACGCGGAGAUGAUCCCGGAACUGGCAGUUCGGAAUUCCAGUGACGAGACGUUCCAUACUGGGCGUGGCGGCCAGGGCAACGUUCACCUCGACGAAGCGACGAAGAACAAGAAGGCCAUGGAGCCUGCGCACAAAGGGUUGGCGGAUCUAUUGAAGGAUAAGUUGUUUGGGAAGAAGUGA